CUCGGUAAAGACGGAAGCCUGUCAAGUUUCGCAGUGGAAAAAAGUUCUCAUGGUUGUUUUCAUGUCAGUGUAAGGUUUCAAGUCGUUUCUCCAACUCGCAUGUCUUUCUGCUGAAGCCGCUUGUUUUAGGAUACCAAAGGGACCAAUACAUCUAACCAUGGGGCAUAAUCCAGGCCCGGUUCAGAUUGUCACGGUGUGCAGGGAGGAUCAUUCCUUUGCUUUGGACACAGAGGCUUUGGGGAAAGUCUUGUUGGCCCCCGAGGUCAGAGACAAGCAUGUAGUGGUGCUCUCAGUGGCUGGAGCCUUCCGGAAGGGGAAGAGCUUCCUGCUUGACUUCAUGCUCCGUUACAUGUAUAGAACGGAUGAUGAAAACUGGCUGGGUGAGGAUGACGAGCCCCUGACUGGAUUUUCCUGGAGAGGAGGUUCAGAGCCAGAAACAACAGGCAUCCAGCUGUGGAGCGAGGUUUUCCUUGUCCCAAAGAGUGAUGGAACAGAGGUAGCAGUGGUAUUGAUGGACACCCAGGGAGCCUUUGACAACCAAUCCACUGUGAAGGACUGUGCCACCAUAUUUGCCCUGAGCACCAUGACCAGCUCCAUGCAGAUCUACAACCUUUCACAGAACAUUCAGGAAGAUGAUCUGCAGCAGCUACAGCUUUUCACGGAGUAUGGUCGUCUCGCCAUGGAUGAAAUAUUCCUAAAGCCCUUUCAAUCUUUGAUGUUCCUAAUCAGGGAUUGGAGCUUCCCUUAUGAAUACACCUACGGCUUGAAAGGGGGCAGUGAGUUCCUGGAUAAACGGUUACAGGUUAAGGAGGCCCAGCAUGAGGAGCUGCAAACGGUGAGGGAGCACAUCCACUCUUGCUUCACCGACAUUUCUUGUUUCCUGUUACCUCAUCCGGGGUUGAAGGUUGCCACCAGCCCUACGUUCGAGGGCCAACUUCAAGAUGUGGCGCCCGAGUUCAGAAAGGAGCUGAAGACCUUGAUCCCUGCUCUGCUGCACCCGGACAAACUGGCCGAGAAAGAAAUCAAUGGCAACAAAGUCACUUGCAUGGGCCUGCUUGAGUUCUUCAAGGCGUACAUCAAGAUUUACCAGGGAGAAGACUUGCCACACCCAAAGUCCAUGCUGCAGGCAACAGCAGAGGCCAAUAAUCUGGCAGCAGUGGCAGCAGCUAAAGACCAAUAUUACAAGAACAUGGAAAAGGUUUGCGGAGGAGACCUGCCCUAUGUGGCCCCCGAGUCUCUCGAGCAGAAGCACGACUUUUUCUUCCGGGAGGCUCUUCACACCUUUUCGUCCACCAAGAAGAUGGGCGGACAGGAGUUCUGCGACCGUUACCAAGCACAGCUGGAAGUAGAGCUCGGAGAAAUGUGGCAGUCUUUCAGUAAGCACAAUGCGUCAAAAAAUCUCUUCAGUGCAUUCCGGACACCUGCAGUGCUGUUUGUCCUCGUGUGCCUCCUGUACGUGCUGUCGGGGAUACUGAUCUUCAUCGGUCUGACCACCGUUGCCGUGGCGUGUGACUGUGUUUUGGGCCUGGCUAUGGUUGCCAUGCUGACCUGGGCCUUCGUGCGCUACUCUGGCCGGUACCGGGGAGUAGGAGGAGCCAUCGACCAGGCGGCGGGCGUCAUCCUGGAGCAGGCCACUGUGGUGGUGAACAAGUCGAGAGGGACAAGCACUCCUGAGCAGAAGAAAUCCAGUUAGAGGACCUCUGAACCUUCGUAAUCUCGAUGCAAUGCAACCAGCGCACAACACAAGCACACAUUCAGCUCUAAAGCCUUAUCAUGCCACCCCUUGGAACAAACAUGCAGCAAACAAAACUACAUUGGCACCGGGUAAAUAAUGAUGCCAAUUCACCAGCAUCUUCUCAUGUGUAGAGUAUUCUGCCUGUUAAAGUCUAAACAUGUGUAAAGCUGAGUGGAGUCACUGAGGCAGGGAGUCAGCACUGCCUAACACCUCUUACUGUUACUUGGCGUCUUACAUCGACAUUGCCAUCAUUUUACGUGUUUACCAUUGGUCUUAAUGGACAGCCUGUUGUUUACCUAGAAACCUACAACUUUUUUUUAUUUUUGUUUGUUUAAAUUUAAAUUGAAUGCACCAUACUUUAAUGUUAAUGACCAUUGCUCAGUCAGGGGUAGCCAGGGUGCUGUUCAAAGACACAAAGCUUCAGCAGUGUAUCUUUAAACAAAUUACUAUAAUAAGCUGGCUUUAAUGCAUAAAUGCAUAUACAUUUAUACAUCUUUACCUUGAGGCUAUAUUUUUUACCACUCUGUGGCCUUAAAUACAUUCCAUUCUAUUUGUAAUUUUGCAAUAUGUUUGAUAUAAACUAGCAGUUCCAGUAGGUUAACUGACACUAUUUUGCAAUGAGAACAGGAAAAGCACUUUCGCAAAGCACAGCAGAUCUUUUCUGACUUAAUGUGGAAACGUUAUGUACGCAAAUGAUGACAUGUUGCAUCGUUAUUCUUGUGAGUUUAUGAUGCUUUGCUGUUUAUUCCUUGAUGGUAGUUAUAGUUUGUAGAUUUAGAUAAUCUUUGUCAAGGGAAAUUAUUUAGCACAACUUUUGGUAUUUUCUAAAAACUUCCAACUCCAAAGAUAAUAUAUUAUUUGAAUACUGAGAGGUGAUAAACAUUCAACACAGAUUACAACUGGUGACCAGUCAGCCAAAGAGUUAGCUUUAAUACAAUGUUUGUGAAUAGGCACUUUUUGAACAUAUUUUGGCCCUGCAAUCUUAUCACUUUGAAUAGUCCAGUCCAUAGAGGUGAUUUUUAGGAAUACAUUGAUCUAAAUCUCUCUGAUGCAACACAGAGCACAUGGUUGGCCAGCACACUGCAAGUAAAGGAAUCACAGCUUUGAACAUUUUUUUGUUUCAGACUGAACUGUUCUCCAUAGAGGGUGUGUUAUGGUGUGUUUUAUCUGACCUGCUAAAAACCUGUAUUAACUUUAGUGUCAGCUUGUUAACUUAAAACUCAGUUUUCAACACAAGCAAAAACAAACUGCUCUCUUUUCGGUUAAAUGCUCAUUAAACAUGGCAGUGAGAUAUAAAUCCUGCCUCAGAGCUGCAUAGAUGACUUAAAGGUUAAUGUAAUGGUUGCACAACUUCUUACCUAUAUUACAUGGAAAAAGCUGCUUUAGGUGCAGUUUGACACUGAUGAUCCUCAUUUACAUGCAGCCGUUUAACCAGCCAACCAUGUUUUCCACACAUCAAUCACAUGGUGAGCAGGGCCAUGUGGGGCCAAGGGCUUCCCAAGCCAAAUCAGAAAGACUUUGAUUAUUCACCAGUGUGGCAUACGGUAGACAGAUCAUCCGUGCACACUAGUAAAUGAAAAUCCGAAACAGAAACAUUGGCUCGGAGAAACCUCUACUUUGGCAAAGCCAGCGUUUAAAAUGCAAAGAGGCUGUCGGACUGUCUGGCCUAUGUGAAAAUUUGAUCCAAAGAUUCAGAAAAUAGUUGCAUUGCACUUUAUAGAAGUAUUUUUAAUAACAUACAAAUGACUUGACUAUACAUACUAAUCGAUCAUAACACACACUGCACUGAAAUAGGAAAAAUGCCCCACAAAAAAGGCUGUCAUCUUUCCAGUGUUUAUCCUGCAUAUUUGUCAGUACCCUCAGAUGAACUCACACUGUGUGAACUUUAAUCUCACGGGAUUACAUUACGGUAUACCCUAAGUCAUAAGAGACAGGGCCAAAAUAUAAAAACUCACUAUGCUUAACUAGACAAGUAUGGAGGACAAGAGACUUGUUUUUUUUUUUCCUGAGAAAUUCUAAAUCUAUGAUCUCUGAUCUUCACUUUGCACAUUCCACUUCUGUUCCUUUCCAUAAGAGGAGGAAGACUCAGAUGUUGUAAAGCAUUUAAUAUUGCACUGCCCCUCCUUGUCUAUGUGCUUUCUACCCAGGCUACAGCUCAUUCUGAAAGCGAUGAGAUGCAUGAUAUUUUUUGCAGUUACUGCUAUUGUAACCAUCUUUUUGCAGGAGUAUGGUGGCCUUGAUUUGAAAUGCUGUUUUAUAAAGAAUAAACAGAGCUUGAAAGAA